UGAUCAUUGGUGUGCUGUGGCCCAGGGACACCGAAGAUGUCAGCUCUGUCAUGUGAUCAGCUGUGGCACUGAUCAUCAGAGUGCCCUGAUGAUGAGUGUAGCCCCAUCAGUGCCACCUGUCAGUGUCCAUCAAUGCCACCUGCCAGUGCCCAUCAGUGCCACAUAUCAGUGCCUACCAGUGCACAUCAAUGCCACAUAUCAGUGCCCAUCUGUGCUGCCUUUCAGUACCAACUAUCAGUGACAGUCAGUGCCACCUAUCAAUGCCAGUCAGUGCCGCCUAUCAGUGCUGCCAAUCAGUGCGCCUAACAGUGCCAGUCAGUGCCACCCAACAGUACCAGUCAGUGCCACCUAA